AUUCCUUGCCUCAGUCUCCCCCCAAGUGCCACGAACCGUCUCCCUCCCCCCUCUUUCUCUGAGUGUAUAUAUAUACACACAUCUAUUUCUAUAUAUAUACUAGUAUAUCUCUCUCUAAAACGCUACCCUUUUCUCUUUCUUUCCUCAGUUAUAAAUCUCUAAGCCUGGUUAGGGUUUCGCGGAGGAUCACAUUCACUACGGUUCUAGGUAAUGGCUGGAAAAACUGUAGUUUCAGACGACGAAGAUGAGGUUGAAGUCGAGGAGGAUGAGAGAGAACCUGAAGACGCAAUUGAUGUCGAGGAUCGGGGCGACGAGGAGGACGACGAGGAAGACGAAGAUGGUCAGGAUGAAUAUGAGAAAGAUGGAUUUAUAGUAGACGAUGCUGAUGAAGAUCAGGAUGAGGAAGAAGAAGAGGAGAGAGCGGACAGUGAUGAGGAGAGGCAAAAGAAGAAGAAAAGGAAGAAAAGAGAAUCUGAGAAGAAUUAUGUUCUUGAUGAGGAUGACUAUGAGCUUCUUCAGGAUAACAACAUAACGGGCUUUCAUCGCCCUAAAUUUGAGAGCAAAAAGUUCAAGCGGCUGAAAAAAGCUCAGAGGGACACAGAGGAAGAGCGCUCUAGGUUCUCUGAUGAUGAGGAGUUCGAUGGAAGUGGAAAGAGUGGACGAACUGCUGAGGAGAAGCUCAAGCGCAGCUUAUUUGGUGAUGAUGAGGGUGCUCCGCUUGAGGAUAUUGCUGAAGAGGAGGAGCAACCAGAAGAGGAGGAUGGGGACAUUGGUGAAGAGGAUGAAAUGGCCGAUUUUAUUGUGGACGAAGAAGAAGUAGAUGAACAUGGGGCUCCUGUGAGACGGAGGAAACUGAACAAAAAGAAGUCUAGGCAGGCACCAGGGGUAUCAUCAUCUGCGCUACAAGAAGCUCAUGACAUAUUUGGUGAUGUUGAUGAACUUCUUAGACUCCGCAAGCAAGGGUUAGCAAAGAUGAGCAGGCACAAUGAUUCAGGUGAAUUUAGGGAAAGAAGGAUUGAAGAUGAGUUUGAACCAAUCAUUCUUUCUGAGAAGUACAUGACAGAGAAGGAUGACACAAUUCGGGAGAUAGAUAUUCCAGAAAGAAUGCAGAUAUCCGAAGAAAGUACUGGUUCUCCGCCAACGGAUGAACUGAUUAUAGAAGAGGAAAGUAACUGGAUAUAUAAUCAGCUUGUAAGUGGCACAGUACCUCUUUUUGGCAAGAGAGAUAUGGGGACAACUGAAGGAGAGCGUGAGCUGUCAAUAAACAAGGAUGACCUUAUGAGAUUUUUGGACUUCAUGCAUGUUCAGAAGUUGGAUGUCCCCUUUAUUGCCAUGUAUCGGAAGGAGGAAUGCCUGAGCCUAUUUAAGGACCCAGAGGAACUUGAGCCUGAUGUUGAGAGUCAGAACAAAUCUGACCAAAAACCUACCAUACGGUGGCAUAAGGUUCUUUGGGCAAUCCAAGACUUGGACAGAAAGUGGUUGCUGCUGCAAAAGCGAAAGAGUGCUCUUCAGUCAUAUUACAAUAAGCGAUUUGAAGAAGAGUCACGUAGAGUAUAUGAUGAAACACGUCUAUCUUUGAAUCAACAACUUUUCGAAUCAAUAACCAAGUCACUCAAGGCUGCUGAGUCAGAAAGAGAGGUUGAUGAUGUUGACUCAAAGUUUAACCUGCAUUUCCCACCGGGUGAGGUUGGUGCGGAUGAAGGACAAUAUAAGAGGCCCAAGAGGAAAUCACAGUAUAGUAUUUGCAGUAAGGCUGGGCUAUGGGAAGUUGCAAGCAAGUUUGGUUAUAGUUCUGAGCAAUUUGGAUUGCUGAUAUCCCUCGAAAAGAUGAGAAUGGAUGAACUGGAGGAUGCCAAGGAGACACCAGAAGAGAUGGCUUCAAAUUUUACAUGUGCAAUGUUUGAAACACCUCAAGCCGUGCUUAAAGGUGCCAGGCACAUGGCAGCGGUUGAGAUUAGUUGUGAACCUUGCGUUAGGAAGCAUGUUCGAAGCAUCUUUAUGGACAAUGCUGUUGUGUCAACAAGUCCUACAUCUGAUGGAAAUGUGGCUAUAGAUUCUUUUCAUCAGUUUGCAGCGGUGAAGUGGUUAAAGGACAAGCCACUGACAAGAUUUGAGGAUGCACAGUGGCUUCUUAUCCAAAAGGCUGAAGAAGAGAAGCUCCUUCAAGUUACUAUUAAGCUGCCAGAGAGUGUUCUAGAUAAAUUAAUAACCGACUCUAAUGAUUAUUAUCUCAGUGACGGCGUGAGUAAAUCUGCUCAAUUGUGGAAUGAGCAAAGGAAGCUGAUACUGCAGGAUGCUUUUUUUGGUUUUCUUCUUCCUUCAAUGGAGAAGGAAGCCAGAUCCUUGUUGACCAGUAGAGCGAAAAAUUGGUUACUUCUGGAAUACGGGAAGCUCUUGUAUGACAAAGUAUCUGCUGCGCCAUACCAGAGGAAGGAAACUGAUAUUAGCUCUGAUGAUGAAGCUGCACCAAGGGUAAUGGCUUGCUGCUGGGGACCUGGGAAGCCUGCAACUACUUUUGUGAUGUUGGAUUCAUCUGGAGAAGUGCUGGAUGUGUUGUAUGCUGGGUCCCUUAGUCUUCGAUCUCAAAAUGUUAAUGACCAGCAACGCAAGAAACGUGAUCAGCAAAGCGUUCUUAAGUUCAUGACUGAAUUCCAACCGCAAGUUGUUGUUCUAGGAGCUGUGAACUUGUCUUGUACUCGACUGAAGGACGAUAUUUAUGAGAUAAUUUUCAAGAUGGUGGAGGACAAUCCUAGAGAUGUUGGUCAUGAAAUGGAUGGUUUGAGCAUUUUGUACGGUGAUGAAUCUCUCCCUCAUCUGUAUGAGAAUUCUCGCAUUUCAUCUGACCAGCUGCCCGGGCAGUCAGGUAUUGUUAAGCGGGCUGUGGCUCUUGGACGCCAUCUUCAAAAUCCAUUGGCUAUGGUUGCAACACUAUGUGGACCAGGGAGGGAGAUAUUAUCUUGGAAACUUAGUUCUUUGGAGAGCUUUCUUACUCCCGAUGAGAAGUACGGGAUGGUUGAACAGGUUAUGGUGGAUGUUACUAACCAAGUGGGUCUUGACAUUAAUUUGGCUGCGAGCCAUGAAUGGUUGUUUGGUCCUUUACAGUUUAUUUCUGGGCUUGGACCAAGAAAGGCAGCAUCUCUACAGAGGUCCCUAGUCAGAGCUGGAGCAAUCUAUACUCGUAAAGAUUUGUUGACAGCACAUGGGCUUGGUAAAAAGGUGUUUGUUAAUGCAGUUGGAUUCUUGCGUGUGCGGCGGAGUGGCUUGGCUGCUAGCAGCAGUCAAUUCAUCGAUUUAUUGGAUGAUACAAGGAUACAUCCAGAAUCUUAUGGUCUUGCACAGGAAUUAGCCAAAGAUUUAUAUAAUGCAGACGUUCAGGACGAUGCAAAUGACGAUGACGAUGUGUUGGAGAUGGCAAUAGAACACGUCAGAGAGAAACCUAAUUUAUUAAAAACUCUUGAGGUUCAUGAAUAUGCUAAAACUAAGCAUAGGGAGAAUAAAAUAGAAACACUUGACAAUAUAAGAUUGGAGUUGAUUCAGGGCUUUCAGGAUUGGCGUAGACAAUAUGCAGAACCUAGUCAGGACGAGGAAUUUUAUAUGAUUUCUGGGGAGACAGAGGAUACGCUUGCUGAAGGAAGAAUUGUGCAAGCAACGGUUCGCAGGGUGCAACCUCAAAGAGCAAUUUGUGGGCUUGAAUCUGGGUUGACUGGUAUGCUUAGUAGGGAAGACUAUACCGAUGAUUGGCGGGAUAUUUCUGAUUUGACUGAGAAGUUGCACGAAGGUGAUAUUUUAACUUGCAGGAUCAAAUCGAUUCAAAAGAAUAGGUACCAGGCCUUUCUAACUUGUAGAGAAACUGAGAUGAGGAACAAUCGUUUGAGUAAUCGAGACACAGAUCCCUAUUACUUUGAAGACCGGAGCAGUUUACAGAGUGAGCAAGAAAAAGCUCGUAAAGGGAAGGAGCUUGCGAAGAAGCAUUUCAAGCCAAGGAUGAUUGUUCAUCCUCGCUUUCAAAAUAUAACAGCAGAUGAAGCCAUGGAGUUCCUGUCUGACAAGGAUCCAGGUGAAAGUAUUGUCCGUCCUAGUUCUCGCGGCCCCUCUUUUUUGACUUUAACUCUCAAAGUUUAUGAUGGGGUAUAUGCGCACAAAGACAUAGUUGAAGGUGGAAAGGAACACAAGGACAUCACAAGCUUGCUUCGUAUUGGGAAAACACUGAAAAUAGGAGAGGACACAUUUGAGGAUUUGGAUGAGGUCAUUGACAGGUAUGUUGAUCCGUUAGUAGCUCAUUUGAAGGUAAUGUUGAGCUACCGAAAGUUCAAAAAAGGAACUAAAGCAGAAGUUGAUGAGCUUCUAAAAAUUGAGAAAUCAGAGAAUCCAAUGAGGAUUGUCUAUUGUUUCGGUAUAUCCCACGAACAUCCUGGAACAUUCAUUUUGACUUAUAUACGGAGUACGAAUCCACAUCACGAGUAUGUUGGUCUAUACCCCAAAGGAUUCAAGUUCAGAAAAAGGAUGUUUGAGGACAUCGAUAGGCUUGUAGCUUAUUUCCAGAGACAUAUUGAUGAUCCACAACAUGACACAGCGCCAUCAAUCCGGUCAGUUGCUGCCAUGGUUCCAAUGCGAAGCCCUGCAAUGGGGGGCUCUUCUGGCAGCUGGGGUGGUUCAGCCACAAACGACAGUGGUGGGUGGAGGGGUCAAUCUAUGGACCGAGAAAGAACUUCUACGCCAGGUUCUAGAACAGGAAGAGGCGAUUACAGAAAUGGUGGUGGGCGGGAUGGACAACCACCUAGGCCGUAUGGUGGGCGUGGACGUGGCAGAGGCUCAUACAACAGUGGCAGAGGAAAUAGUAGUAAUGACAGGAAUGAUUCAGACUAUGGUUCUCAGAAGUGGGGUGCCAAAGAUGGUGACGAUGGGUGGGGCAGUUUUCCGGGUGCCAAAGUUCAAAAUUCACCAGGCAGGGAAGCAUUUCCUGGUGGUUGGGGUGGCAGUGGCAGUGGCGGUGCAGGUUGGGGUGGGGAUAGCAAUGAUGGUGGUGGCAGUGGUUGGAGCAAGAGUGGCGGUGGCGGUGGCGGUGGCGGUGGCGGUGGCAGCGCCAGCGCCGGUGGCUGGGGUGGUGGCAGCAGCGGUGGUGGUGGGGGGCAGGGAAGUGGUGGUGCUGGUUCGGGUGAUGCUGGUACGGACAUUGGAAGUUCUGGCUGGGGUGGUAACAAGAGAAGCUCACAGCACCAAGCUGGUGGUAAUGGUGGAAGUGGGGGUGGUGGAUGGUGAUUCUGGGUAAUUUCGCUUUUUUGCAAAGAGCCCAUGUUUGAUAUAAUUUUUGGAAUUGUGGGUUGACGAGAGCAUGAACGUUUCCCUAUAUUGCCUUGGUUCAAUUUUAGUUUAGUUUUAGUUGGGCUAAUGUAUGUAGUCUACAUAUCCAUAAUAUGUAACGGAACAAAUAUGGGACGCAUUAAUGUCUUCAGAAGUAUGCCUCUCUUGUCUCUUA